AAUUAAUUGGUUUGUACUUCUUAUCUCAUAUUUCUGAGGAUAGCUUAUCCUUGUUACAUACUAGUAUACUUUCUCAGCCAUGGCGGGAGCUUUCUCAAAUCCCAUCUAUGGAAAACCGGCAGCCAUUCCGGCGAGAAUCAGUUGCCGUUCAUUGGUGGGUUUCAGGCCGAGGGCGGUGAUGGUGGCGGAGAAUCAGUCGUAUUGGGCGUCUAUAGAAGCCGACAUCGAAGCCCACCUUAAGAAGGCCUUGCCAGUCCGGCCGCCGGCUUCCGUUUUCGAGCCGCUUAGGUACCUGGCGUUGGCGGCGCCGCGGACCACCGCGCCGGCGUUGUGCGUCGCGGCGUGCGAGUUAUUCGGCGGCGACCGGGAGCAAGCCAUGGACGCCGCGUCGGCUAUUCAUCUAAUGCACGCCGCAACUCACGCCCACCGACACCUCCCGCUGUCGUCGGGCGUGGUCGGGGCGAAGGCCUCCGAGCCCGUUUACCACAAGUUCGGGCCGAACAUCGAGCUCCUCACCGGCGACGCCCUCAUCCCCUUCGGGCUCGAGCUGCUGGCCCGAUCCAUGGACUACCCGACCCGAAUCAACCCGGACAAAAUCGUGCGAGUCAUCAUCGAGAUCACGCGCGCAACGGGUUCGCAAGGAGUGCUGGACGCCAUAAACGGCGGCGAGAAGGUCACCGGCGGCGGAAAGAGAAGGGGUUUGCUUCACGCAUGCGGAGCCGCUUGCGGGGGCAUCAUCGGAGGCGGAAGCGAAGAAGAGAUAGAGAGAUUAAGAAACUUCGGGCAUUACGUUGAAAUGAUAAACGGAGUGGGAACGGAGGAGAAGAUGAAGGAAUGGAAGAUUUCUGCCAUGAAAGAGUUGGAAAGGUUGGAAGGAAGAGAGAUUGGGCAAAUUUCCAGUCUACUUGCACUUCACUUUUGCAGUGUUUAGUCACAUUCUUUCACUGUCUGAUGUUCGUUCAGUGGCAUGCAUUGUUUUUUUUUUUUUUUUUUUUUUUUUUUUUUAAAUAAAGUUGUAAUAAUAUGUAUAUUUGAUAAAAAUCUUAGGUAUCUUAUAA